AUGGGUAGCAUUGGUUCGGAAUUGAGAUUGAGUCCGCGCUUUGCCACUCUCAAGACAAAUGCAAAGCGCAUCAACGACACUCUGCAAUAUUCGUGUCAAUGGGGUGCAACUAACGAUGGGGGCAUGAACAGGUUGUCUGGCAAUGAUGACGACAAGCUUGUGAGAGACUGGUUCAUCGCCGAGACUGCUAAAUGUGGGUGUUCUCACAAAAUCGAUGCCAUGGGCAAUAUCUUUGCUAUUCGUGCAGGAGAGAACAACGACCUUCCGCCAAUUGGGUUAGGUUCGCAUCUCGACACGCAGCCGACCGGUGGAAGAUAUGAUGGCAUUUUGGGGGUUCUCUGUGCGAUGGAGGUUUUGAGGGCCAUUCAUGAAGCGGAUGUCACGACUUACGCACCUCUUGCAGUGGUGAACUGGACAGACGAAGAGGGAGCCAGAUUCCCCCCGGCCAUGCUGGGAUCAGGUGUUUGGGCGGGACAAUUCACCCUCGAGCAUGGCCAAAGCCGUGAGAGUGUGGACGGGGUAACGAUGGCACAGGAACUGGAAAGGAUUGGUUAUCUAGGCUCGACGCCUUGCUCUAGCCACGACAAUCCUCUCUCGGCGCAUUUCGAGGUGCAUAUCGAACAAGGUACAAUUCUAGACCGUGCAGAAAAGGCAGUCGGGAUAGUGACAGGCGCUCAAUCUGUCCGGUGGUUUCGUCUUUCGCUGACGGGACGGGCAGAGCACACCGGCGGCACCCCAAUGGAUAAUCGCAGUGACCCACUGCUUGCAGCGGCAAAGAUGAUCGUUGAAGUGAAUAAGGUUGCUGUCGAACGGGGAGUUCGUGCGACAGUGUCGACAGCAAAAUCAUACCCUCAAAGCAUGAACACGAUCGCAGGGAAUGUGGAACUCAGUCUCGAUCUCCGUGCCCCUACUGAUGAAGACAUGCAGGGCUUGGACCAAUCUCUGAAGCAUAUUUUCGACGCAAUUAACAAAGAACAUAGAACUAGCCUCACCAUGGAGGUUGUCUGGGAUUCAAGAGCAACACACUUCAACCCAGAAAUGGUGGAUUGCGUACGUCAAUCAGCAAAAGAGGUUGGCUGCUCUCACGAAAUGACGAGUUUUAUUGGGCAUGACAGGUGUGUCGACUGGAAUCGAGCUGUUCCGUAUCAAGUUUCACUGACCUCUGUCGAUAGCGUGUACACCUCAAAAGUUGUCCCGACGGCAAUGAUCUUCGCGCGUUGCCGGGAUGGAAUCAGCCAUAAUCCCACCGAAUAUACUCGGCCAGAAGAGUAG